AUGGCGCCUCUCAUCCUCCACAACGUUCCCGAUGAGGAACUCUACAUAGGCGACGACGGCAUUAAACGCCCCUACGCCAUGGUGUUCCCACAACAAGACGGCCUCCCCGGCGCCAGAUCCCGCCGCGGCGCUCCAGAGACAGGCUCCUUCGGCAAGUCCACCCGCCGCUCGCGCUCCCGCACCGGCACCCCAGCCCGCCGCGAGAACCCGACCGUCGCCGCCGCCGACAAGAUCUUCGGCGACUGGAUCUCCUCCCAAGCAAUCACCACCAACCUCAACACAGCCGCCAACGCCGCCUCGACAGCACCAGGCGCCGCCGCCGCCGCCGCCGCGUCCUCCUCCGCGGUCACCCAACAACGCAAGACCUCGGGCCUCUCACAACCGCCCCUCCUGGCCUCCGACGAAGCCCCCGUCGCCUCCUCCGGCCCCCGCCAGGCCCGCCGCGAGCCCACCGAAGUCGUCCUCCGCGGCUACCGCUCCCAGGCGCAGCAGUACGCCGCCAUCUCCCACUUCGAGCAGCUCGCAGGCCUCAUCUGCGAGGACUACCCCCGCGAGCCGCCCCUCGAGCAGCGCCGGUACAAGUCGGAGCUGCGCGACCCGGCCUUCACCCGCCGCCGCGCCCUCACGCCCGAAGAGCGCGCAAAGGUCAACCGCGCAUACGGCGGGGAGCACUGGGUCAAGGUCACGUUCGAGUCCGCCGAGGCCGCGGACGCCGCCGUCUACGCCAGCCCCCAGCGCGUGAACGGAUACCUCGUCUACGCCGAGCCCUUCAACGGUUACCCGCCCGCCCGCGACGAGGCCGUCCCGGACGUCGACUCCCUCGUGCCCACGCAAGACGAGCACCACCGCUCCAAGUCCGUCCCCGCAAGCAGCUUCGGCAACCACGCGACCCCCCGCCAGCGCCACACGAAGACGACGAACAACAACCCCUUCUCCUCCGCCGCAAACGCCCGCUCCAUGUCCGACCUCUCCCCGCCGACGUCCCUCACCUCCUCCAACACGAUCGAGACCGCCACCAUCUCCAACACCUCCUCCAUGACCGUGACCAUGACCGACGCGCCCCCUCUCGACGAGUCCCUCUUCUCCUCCCAACAACAACAACAACAGCCCCUCCUCCGGACCGAGACGGACAGCCUCUUCUGCCGGCGCAUCCCCACCGCGCGCCGGGCGAAGCUCCUCCCCGCCGAGCAGGCCCUGCUCCCGCAGCAGAGCUACGCCCAGCGCCUCGUCAACGCGGUCCCGUUCCUCAAGUGGUUCAGCGGCUCCAUGAUAGGAAACGAGGUGCCGCGCACCGACUCGGGCGACUUCGACUGGAACCGCGCCAGCCUGUACUGGAAGGUCAUCUGGUGGCUUGACGCCACGUUCGGCCUGUUCGGCGGCGAGAUCCUGAGCGCCGACAAGGACGACUGA